UCACCUGCUCCUGCAGGAAAGGAAAACAGCAGUUUAACUGGAGCUGUGAGGUUCAACCUGACUUCUUUUUUUUUGCAUACAUUUAAGAAGUUAAACAGACAAAGUUUUGGUCUUAAAAUGCCACGAAACAAUAGCUUCAGCUUUAAAAGUGUGCUGCUCAUAUUUCUGCUGAUUUUUGGUAUAUUUUGGAAACCCUGUGAUUCACAGGAGAACAGAGAAGCCAGCAGGCCUCCAGAUGGACACGGAGGUGGCGAUGGUGCUUUCUUCGCCCUGCGGAGCUGCCACCAGCUGCUGCAUGGUGACACUGGUGAGUUUUUCUCCCCAGAUUACCUCUGCUCCAACCCGCCUCUGUGGUGCAACUGGACCAUCCAGGUAGAUCCUGGAAAGAGGAUUCAUCUCCACCUGGAAGACCUGACGGCCGAUGAUGCCUGCCAACUGAAACAGGACCAGGUCCACGUGGAUGAGCCACAUUUUAGAGGUCACAAGGUCCUUCAGAAGUGCUGGCGAGAGGCCAAGUACACCUCCUCCACCAACAUUCUGCAUGUGGUGCUUCUGAUUGGCAGCUCAUCCAACCCACCGUACAGGGGCUUCUAUGGCCGCUACCAGGCGUUUGGGCCACCAGUGAUUUACAACCCACGGGAAGGACUCACAGAGAGAUACAGGAAGUCAGAACAAUCUCCUGGACUCAUGGACUCCAAUGAAUUUGGACCAGUUAUGAAUGGUGAACAGAUGGAGUCAGAAUUGCCGCAGCAUAUAUCACCACCAAAUUCUGACCUAAUGUAUGAUUAUUAUGAUCAACCUUCAGUCAUGACCGAGCUGCCCUGGGAGCCUGAGGAGAACACAGAUGAGGUGGAUGAAAACCACCAUCCAGCCUCAGAAAACUACACCCAAGACUACCCAUUCACAGCCGUGCCCACAGUGCCAGUAUCCACACAGGGGACCUCUCGAUGGGGAAGAGGUGCCGCUCAAACCACUUCAGACCCGUCUGACUCAACUGUCCAUCCAGAGCCGCCACCACAACAUGACGCUCAGAACCAUGAGCUCAAACCCACCACGAGCAUCCCAGCACCAACACAAAGUAAUGUGGAGGAAGCCUCAACUCAUCCACAGGAAACUGCUGCUUCAGAGGAAGACAGGAGCAGACAGAGCCUGUCAGAAGAGGAGUCUGCUGAUGGUAAGGAAAGGAUGGAGGUCAGCGAGGCCUCAGACCAGCUUCCCUCCUCCUCUGAAGGACCAGGACCAGAACUAGAGAAGACUGAGCAGACUCAUCCUCACCCCAACAUGGUGGAGCCGCUGUCGGACCACAGAGGGAAGCUCGACUUCAGAAAUCACUCUGAGAGAUCACAUCUUCCAGGUGAUCACUUGUUUGAAGUGGCUGUUGAAGUGAAUUUCAGUCAGGAUUUAGAGGAGUCCUGGGACGACCUGGCCCGGUCACUGCUACUGUCAGUAAAGGCUUUGAUCAGCGAGCAGCUAGAGGCUCUGCACACACAGCUGUCCAUGUCUCCUAAAAGAAUUAAAAGGCUGAACGCAGGCGUGCUGUACAUCCUCUGGCUUCAGAUCGGGCAGGGGCCUGGAGGUCCACAGGUCCACAGGGCCAUCCACUCCGCCAUACAGGGCCUCAUCGCCACAGAUGUCAGCAUACGUGGAAUUCACAAAGAAGCUCUCAUCAUCUCUGUGUCGACGGCAGAUGUAAACGAGUGUGAGACCCAGCUGAUGCUGUGUGACAUUAAUGCAGACUGUGUGAACCAGUUCGGUUCGUACUCGUGCCACUGCAGGCCGGGCUUCCAGGAUGAGUCCCGUCUGGGAUCAGGAGGAACUGUCUGCGUUGAUGUGAGGGCUGCAGGUUGCAGCUCAGGCCUGUCUGCUGAGACUAAAGGCGUCUACGUGCUUUUCUUCCUGCUCAGCUCCCUCAUCCUGAUGCUGUUGGCAGCAGCCGGCAUGCUGUACCACCGUCACCACCAAGGGGCGUUCCUGGUUCGCUGCCACAGCGGCAGCAUCUCCCCUCCUGACCUCAACAACAACAACAACCGCUAUCAUGACAACAGCUACUCCAGCCCUGCUGACUCUGACCUGCCACCUCCACCCCCACCCCCUCCUGCCCGGGGUUUCAGGGAGGGCUGGCCUCAGGUGAAGGAGCGCUGCCCGGCCGUGGACCUGCAGCUGCUACGCUUCAGCCCGCUGCUGCUGUCUGAUAGCUACAUUGAGCCAAAGGAGGAUGGGAAGAACUGAGCUGAUGGUGGGCGUGGAGCUGUCUGAAAUCUAUUUAGUUUCUUUUCUGUUUUGUCUUAAUAUCUGAUCACGAUUUGUAAAUAAAGUCACAACAAAACAGUC